AGUAUACAUCAGAUUCACCAAGUAUGCUUUAGCGUUGAUAAUUCGGAGUGGAUGCGAAACGGUGACUUUGCACCGACUCGUUUACAAUGUCAGCAAGAUGCAGCAAAUCUGGUCUUGCAAUGUAAACUUCGUGCAAAUCCCGAAAAUGCUGUUGGGCUAAUUGCGAUGGCUGAUACUGUAGAAGUUUUGACUACUUUGACACAAGAAAAUGGAAAAUUAUUCAUGAAACUUCAUCAAGUGGAACCGAAGGGGGCGUCAAAUUUUAUCAAUGGAAUUAAAGUGGCACAUUUGGCUUUGAAACAUCGACAAAAUAGAAAUCAUAAAAUGCGAAUUGUGGUUUUUGUUGGUAGUCCCAUUGAUCACCUUAAUCCUUCUGAGCUUACAAAACUUGCAAAAAAGUUGAAAAAGGAGAAGGUACAAGUAGACGUGAUAUGUUUCGGGGAAGCAGAUUCAACUAGUAGUGAAAUUAUGGGGCAGUUUAUCGAAACUUUGAAUGGAAAAGAAGGAAGUGGCUCGAAUUUGGUAGUCGUACCAGCUAGUUCAUCGCUUACUGAAGCAUUGGUUUCUUCACCGAUAUGUCGUGGCGAAGAUGGUGCAGCCGCACCUGUUGUAGCUGCUGGUGGAGGUGGAUUCGAGUUCGGAAUCGAUCCUGAAGAUGAUCCAGAUCUAGCGCUGGCAUUACGUGUAUCACUGGAGGAACAGCGACAACGACAGAGAGGUGGGGGAGGCACGGAAGAAGUUUCAAGUCAAGGAGUAAGUAUUGCUGAAAGUGACUUGAUGGCAAUGGAUCCAGGAUCUAUGACUGAAGAGCAGCAGUUGGAGUGGGCUUUGCGUAUGUCAAUGCAAGAAAAUACAGGUUCUGCAACUGCAGAUAUGGAUUCACCAAAUACAGGGACAGCUAGUGAGCUGGUAGUAGGCGCCGUGGAAACUGCUUCUCAAAAAACGCCUCAAAGUGCUAGUACUGAAGCCAUGGAAAUUGAUGAAUCGACUUUUUCUGGCCAUAGUAUCGUAAAUGCUGGGGAUGAUCAACUGGGUCAGUUGAUGAGUGAUCCUGAGUUGCUUCGCCAGCUCCUUGCCGAUUUACCUGGUGUGGAUCCAAAUUCACAAGAGGUUCGGGAUGCAGUGAAUAAUGUUGCCGCAACCAAAGAAAAAGUAAAUUUCACAAGUGAUCUACUUUGA